AUGCACGAGGUACUAAGAGGUCUGCUAUUUGCCAUUUCUUACGUUGUCUUUGCUGCUGUCGGAGUUUCAGCUAACUUGGCAAUAAUUAUCGUACUUUUGCGAAGAAGAUGCGGCCUCUCAGGAUGUAUGACUUAUUAUCUAAUGUCUAUGGCGGCGACGGAUCUCCUGGUUUUAGUCACGAUUGUGAUAUUAAAUCGGAUCACUGGAAUUUAUUUCCCAUUCACCUUCCUCUCUAUCACACCCAUCUGCAGUUUUCGUGCAGCUGUAAAUUUUGCAGUCAUUGACAGUUCUGUCUGGUUAACCGUGGCUUUCACCUUUGAUCGUUUUAUUGCCAUUUGUUGGCAGAAGCUGAAAAUUAAAUAUUGCACUGAGAAGAUGGCAGCAUGGGUGAUAGGAAUUGUGUCAGCACUGUCUUGUGGAAAAAAUAUCGCCACAUAUUUUAUGUAUGAACCUGUAUACAUUAUUAACAAUCGACCCUGGUUCUGUGCUGUAAAGGCAACAUACUACAUAUCCUUGGCAUGGGCUGCAUACGACUGGAUUCGAUCAAUUUUAACACCUUGUCUCCCAUUCAUUCUGAUUUUGCUUCUCAAUGCUUUAACCAUCAGACACAUUCUUGCAGCAAUUGCAUCUCGCAGGAGGCUGCGGUCCCAGAGGACUGGAGAGAACCAGGGUGACCCAGAGAUAGAGAAGCGAAGGGAGUCCAUUGUUUUCCUGUUUGCCAUCUCGGGCAGUUUCAUUCCGCUAUAUUUGGUAUUUGUUGUAAUGAUCCUCUAUGUCCGAAUAGCGAAUGUCACAUAUUCCUCAGGUUCAGAUGCAAGUGAUCCCAUCUUUAUUCUUCAACAAUGCGGAUACAUGCUUCAGUUAUUGAGUUCAUGCAUAAACCCUUUUAUUUAUGCAGGAACACAGA